CGAACCUUAAAUCAGCCAAAAGGCUUUUGUCAUCUUCCAAUUUCCAUAUCCAAUCACCACGGCCCAAUAUGGAGCUGGACGACAACACCACCGGUGCCAAGCGCUGCCGCGUACUCUUAGUAACAUUCUGUGUUCAAGGCCAUAUCAACCCUUCCCUCCAAUUCGCCAAACGCCUCACGCGCCACCGCCUCCACGUCACCUUCUUCACCUCUCUCUCCGUCUACCGCCGCAUGUCCCAAAUCCCAUCUCUCCCAAAUCUCUCCUUCGCCUCCUUCUCUGACGGCUAUGAUGACGGUUUCAAACCCGGGAACGACCCCAAGCAUUUCUUCUCCGAGAUGGAACGUCUAGGCUCUGAUGCCAUGAAAGAAAUGAUUACAACAAAUGCCGAACAAGGCCAACCCUUCACUUGUGUUGUAUAUUCCUUAAUCCUCCCAUGGGCAGCUGCGGUGGCGCGUUCACUCCACCUUCCGUCAUAUCCUCUUUGGAUUCAACCCGCCACCGUUUUUGCCUUGUACUAUUAUUACUUCAAUGGCUACCAACAAACAUUCCAUACCAUUUUUAAUGACACUUCCAAAACAAUUCAGUUACCUGAACUUCCUUUAUUCACUGGCCAUGAUGUUCCUUCUUUUUUUCAUUCUUCUGAUAUUUACCAAUUUGCCCUCCCCAUUCUUCAAAAGCUUUUUGAAUUAUUAUUGCUCAAUGAUUAUCAUCAAAUUCCAACGAUUCUUGUCAACACGUUUGAUGAAUUGGAGCAUGAUGUGCUACAAGCAAUGAACAAGUUCUUUCCUUUGUUACCCAUUGGACCAUUGAUUCCUUCUGCUUUUCUUGACGGUCGGGAUCCAUCUGAUGUCUCUUUUGGUGGGGAUUUAUUUCCUUCUAGUAAGAAGAAUGAGGAUUACAUUGAUUGGCUAAACUCAAAACCCCAGGCGUCGGUCGUUUACGUAUCGUUUGGUAGCAUCUCGACGUUGUCCAAGCUACAGAAUGAGGAGGUUGCCAGAGGAUUGUUGAGCCUCAAACGACCGUUUUUGUGGGUCGUUCGAGCUGUUGAUGGAGACGAGAACACAUUGAAUUACAGCGAAGAACUAGAACGUGAAGGGAAGAUAAUAUCGUGGAGUUCCCAACUGGAAGUUCUAUCAAGCCCUGCAACAGGAUGUUUUCUGACUCACUGUGGUUGGAACUCUACUUUGGAGAGUUUGGUUUGUGGGGUUCCGAUGGUAGUGUUUCCGCAGUGGUCGGAUCAAGCGACCAAUGCGAAGAUCAUUCGAGAUUUUUCGGAGACGGGAGUGAGGCUGGAGGCGGACGACGACGACGACGACGGCAGUGUGGUCAAGGGAGAGGAGAUAAAAAGAUGCUUGGAGUUGGUGAUGGGAGAUUCAGAGAAAGGGAAAGAGAUAAGGAAGAAUGCUGUUAAAUGGAAGAAGUUGGCUAAGGAAGCUGCUAGUGAGGGUGGUUCAUCACAUUCCAACUUCAAGGCUUUUGUGGAUCAAAUUUGUUCUUAGAUGAUAAUGUUGGACAGUACCCUUGGAUUUCAUAAUUUGUAAUGAGUUAGUGUUAAAUUAUUUGUCAUAUAGCCUUGAGAUACUAUCUUAAAUAAUUGAUUGAUUUAAAAGCUUAAGUUGGUAGGUAAAAGAAAA